UACGCUCUACUGCCUCUACACUAUCACUAUCCACCUUCUUCCUCAUUUUUUCAUUGCUUUCACUCUAUCUCUCUUCCCAUUUUCUCUCUCCUAAAAUUAACCUUCUUCUUCUCACCAUCACUUGCAGAGCUUCAAUGGCGGAAACUCCAAUUAAAACCCAGAAAAUCCCAGAUCUUAAAAAAACCGCAGCUUCACCUUCUAUUAUCUCUCCUCACCCCAACACUAAAACCCCAUCUCGAAGCUAUAAUCGUAUUAUCUCAUCAGAAAUUGAAUCAACUCCACUUCGUCGAUCUUCUCGUCGACUAUCGCUUAGUACUAACGAUUUUAUCUCAACCCCAGAAAAACCCAUCAAGCAAUUACCGUCUAAAACCCUAGAAAAAACUCCCAAAACCCCGAAAUCCAGUAAAAAAUCUAAAGUUUGUAGUACCCAGAUUGAGAAAGUCUUGAUCAAUGAGCCAAUUCAUCCAAAGUCUCCUUCUUUGUCUGAGAAGAGGAAGAGAAAAAGAGGGGAUGAAUUGGAAAAUGUAGUAAAGACUCGAGCUCAAGUUCGAGUUCGAAAUGUGGUGAAAAAGAGGGUUUAUUAUAAGAAAGCAAUGUAUGAUGGGGGUGAAUUUGCAGUGGGUGAUGAUGUUUAUGUGAAGAGGAGAGAUAAUGCGAGCUCGGAUGAGGAGGAUCCUGAGGUGGAGGAAUGUAAAGUGUGUUUUCGAGGUGGAAGGGCGGUGAUGAUUGAGUGCGACGAAUGCCUUGGUGGGUUUCAUUUGAAGUGUUUAAAGCCUCCAUUGAAGGAGGUUCCUGAAACUGAUUGGAUUUGUGGGUUUUGUGAGGCUAAGAAAUUGGGGAGGGAGGUUGAACUUCCAAAGCCACCAAAGGGGAAGAGGAGGGUUAGGACUUUGAAGGAGAAGCUGCUUUCGAGCGAUUUGUGGGCUGCUAGGAUGGACAGUAUAUGGAAAGAAGUGGAUGGAACCUAUUGGUUUCGAGCACAUUGGUACAUGAUCCCGGAGGAGACUGAAGCUGGAAGACAGCCACAUAAUUUGAGGCGAGAGCUGUAUCGCACCAAUGAUUUUGCUGAUGUAGAGAUGGAAUCUGUUAUGAGGCACUGCUUUGUUAUGACUCCAAAAGAGUAUGCCAAAGCCAAAAAUGAAGGGGAUGAUGUCUUCUUUUGUGAGUAUGAGUAUGACAUACAUUGGCAUUCUUUCAAGCGGCUUGCAGAAAUCAAUGAUGGAGAAGAGGAUGACGACAAUGAUGAUGAUGACGAUGAUAGUGUUAGUGAUGAUGAUUGGAAAUCUACGAAGGAUUCAGAGUCUGAGUCAGAAGAUGUGGACUUUGAGGAGGAGAUUGAAAAGAGAAAAUCUUCUGGACCAUCCUCUCAGGAUUUAUAACAGAAUUCAAGGAAGGGGCGGAUCUUUGGAUUUCAGAAGAUAGGUACAAAGAGUAUCCCACGGCAUGUGAGAUGCCAUAAGCAAACAGAGCUUGAAAAGGCAAAACAGACACUGCUGUUAGCAAAUUUACCAAAGUCACUCCCCUGUCGUAACAAGUAUGAAAUGGACGAGAUCACUACCUUUAUAAAAGGUGCUAUAUGUGAUGAUCAGUGUCUUGGACGUUGCCUGUACAUUCAUGGUGUUCCUGGGACUGGCAAGACUAUGAGUGUACUUGCAGUGAUGAGGAGCCUUAAGUCUGAACUUGAUUCAGGAAGUAUUAAGCCUUACAGUUUCAUCGAGAUCAAUGGUCUGAAACUAGCUACGGCAGAGAACAUAUAUAGGGUUAUAUAUGAAGCACUGAGUGGACACAGGGUCAGUUGGAAAAAGGCCUUGCACUUCCUCAAUGAGCGUUUCUCAGAAGGAAAACAAGUAGGCAAAGGACAGAACAAACCUUGCAUUCUUCUGAUUGAUGAACUUGAUCUUCUUGUAACCAGAAACCAAUCGGUUCUUUAUAACAUUCUUGAUUGGCCAACUAGACCAAAUUCCAAGCUCAUUGUGAUAGGAAUUGCUAACACCAUGGACCUUCCAGAGAAGUUGCUGCCUCGUAUAUCAAGCCGAAUGGGAAUCCACAGACUCUGUUUUGGCCCCUAUACCUACCAACAACUUCAAGAGAUCAUUAUGAGUCGACUUAAAGGAAUCGAUGCUUUUGAUAAGCAGGCUGUGGAAUUCGCUUCUAGAAAGGUAGCUGCUAUUUCUGGAGAUGCACGUAGGGCUCUAGAGAUAUGUCGGCGUGCAGCAGAAAUUGCAGAUUAUCGUAUCAAGAAUCAGAUCUCUCCAGCUGACACUGCUUCUGCUGAAGAAACCCGUGUUGGAAUGGCAGAAGUUGAAGCAGCUAUACAGGAAAUGUUUCAAGCACCUCAUGUUCAAGUGAUCAGGAGCUCGUGCAGACUGGGAAAAAUAUUUUUGGCAGCUAUGGUGCAUGAACUUUACAAGACCGGAAUGGCAGAAACCACCUUUGAAAAGCUGGCUUUCACUGUUUCCUGCUUUUGUACAAGCAAUAAUGAGCAAUUUCCUGGAUGGGAUAUUCUUUUAAGAGUUGGCUGCAAACUUGGUGAAUGCCGGAUCAUCCUAUGCGAGCCAGGUUCUAGGCACAGGUUGCAGAAGUUGCAGUUGAAUUUUCCAAGUGAUGACGUGACAUUUGCUCUAAAGGACUCUCAGGAGAUUCCAUGGUUAGCAAAAUACUUGUGAUAGUAGAUGUAUCAACAAAAGAUCGACUCUAAAUCGAAUCAAUCUGUGGUGGGAUUAUUUGUAAACUUGAUCAUAGCCAUCUUGUUUCAGUUGUAGUUACAAGUUCAUCUGAACUUCAAUGUUUCUGGUUUGAACAUAGUAUCAGUAAUAUGUAUUGAUUUAUAAACUAGAUAGACAAAAUUUUGUUAGCAUUCUAAGUUAAAUAGGGACACCUACAGAGAACAGAAUUGUAUCAUUUGAGGCAUUAGAGUACUUUCAAACAAGUGAAAUUACAUUUAUCUAUGAUUACUUACCUCUCUUUAA